AUCAGAAUCAUGUGCAUAAUGCCUGCUCAGGAUGCACAUGCGCCCAUACUCAUUCAUGUGGCGCAUUGUCCGAUUGACACUAACGAACAUUAUACUGCUCUCUCUUACUGUUGGGGCGUGGAUGAUACUCAGGAGCAGAUUAUAAUGGCAGGACAAAAGAUGACAGUCCGCAAGAACCUCGCUGAAGCUAUUCGUGUCAUAAGAAACCCUAAUGUCAUCAUGCCAGUUUGGAUAGACGCUCUGUCGAUCAACCAAAAAGACUUGAUUGAGCGCGCUCGGCAGGUGCCGCGUAUGGGGGAGAUAUAUGACUUUGCUACCGCAGUCUACUCAUAUAUCGGGAAUCCCACCGAAGGGAGU